CAAACGCAAGUUGGACACAGCCACACCAACAUGAAGGCGUUCAUCGUAUUGGGUCUCGCGGUCGCUUCGGCGUACGCCCGCUCUGACGACGGUUUCUCGAGCGUCUCGAGGACCGAAGAUUCACACGGCAACUACCAAUUCAAUUACGAUAUCACCGACUGGGACACGAACCGCAAGCGAUGGGAAGUUUCGGAUGCUCACAACAACCGCAAGGGUGGAUACUCCAUCACCGACGUCGACGGAAAAGUUCGUCAACUCGAAUACGUUGCCGAUAAGGGCGGCUUCCGCGCUGUUAUCCGAACCAACGAGCCCGGAACCGCUCCCGGAUACAGUGGAGAUGCUCUCUACGUCCGCGAAGGAGUCAAACAAAUCAUCACAGCUGCGCAACCUGCCCUACAGCUGACCGGACACGUCAUCAAGCAAAAAAAUAUCGCUCAAGGCUAUAUCCCGGCAGCCCCCGUGGCGAUCCCCAAGCAAGUUUACUAUCAACAGCCCGUUGCUCAGCCUGUAGUUCAGCAGAGGCCCAUUUUCUACCAGCAACCCAUCGUGCAGAAACCCGUGCUUUAUCAACAGCCGAUCGCGUACCAGCCCAAGCCGGUCGUAUAUCAACAACCCAUCGUUAAGCCCAGCCUCCAGGUCUACCAGAACAUGCAGCCAUUCGUCCACGUUCAGCAAAGGCCCCUUGUUUAUCAACAGCCCAUCGUGCAGCAGGUUAUCCAACCUAAGCCCAUAGUUUACCAACAGCCUAUCGUUCAGCCUGUCAGUUAUCAGUCUUACCACAACGUCCACCCCGUUGUCGCGGCUCCCCAGCCGAAAUACAUCGCGGCUCCUGUGAAACCUCUCGUGCAGAAAGUCGCCGUGCAACCAGUGGUUCUCAAGGAGAAAAAAAUCAUCGUCACGCCUCCUCCAGCCUACAGCGGCCCCCGGAGGAAGAUUCAGAAGCUCAUCGAAGAUCCCGCGCAGUCGUACAUCACACCGGAACUUCCCGCUCUGGCCCCUAAGCGAAUUCCCGGCUACAACCCCGGACUCGAAGAUUUCGAGGACGAUGAUGACACCACCGUUGCUCCUCCCUUGAGCCGCAGCCGAGUUGCCUACGCUCCCGUUGGGAGAUUCCAAGGAAUCACCCGCAAAUCUGGAUCUUUCCCUCCUCUGGCCGGACCCCCCUCCCGACGAGCCAGAGCGUAGACUAAAAUCCUCGAAAAUUCCUCACACUCCCUGAGGCAGAUAAAAAAACAGACUUCAGUAGUUUCGCAUGCUAAACCUCCUGAGGAGUUUCGAGCUCUGGGGCGACUCGGAACUCGAGGUGUUGAGUGAUGAGGAUGCGAGUGGUGUCCAAUCGCUCAAUGUCAAGCUCUCGGGAGCUGUAUAUUUAUAAUUAUGGAUGGGAUAUCUCUCUCUACUAACCCUGACUGAACCCUGAAUGUGAUGUGAAAGAAGGAAGAAGAAAGCAAGGAAACAAGCCUCGUGCGAGUGAUAGACACGAGAUUCCGUAGACACGAGAUUCUUCACCAGAUUGCUCCGAGAAAACCAUCAUCCAGAUUAUUGUACGCAACUGUGUCAGCCAAUAAAGCUCAAUCUGGAU